GGUGGCGCUGCAGUUAUUAUGAGGACUCAUUAUGGCGCACCUCUUUCCUUGAAAAGAGUCGUCGUCGUUUAGUUAGGCUUCCGGUAAAGGGACGUUUUUAACAUAUCUCAGUGCUUGUUUGCAAGGCUGCUCAAAAUGCCGAAGUUUUAUUGUGAUUACUGUGAUACCUACCUUACUCAUGACUCGCCCUCUGUGAGGAAAACACACUGCAGUGGCCGCAAACACAAAGAAAAUGUAAAAGACUACUACCAGAAAUGGAUGGAAGAACAAGCGCAGAGCCUCAUUGACAAAACAACCGCUGCCUUCCAACAAGGGAAGAUGCCCCCAACACCAUUCCCAGGAGCCCCACCUCCAGGGGGUGCCAUGAUCCCUCCACCAAACCUCAAUGGCCCCCCACGUCCAGGGAUGCUACCAACACCCCAGAUGGGUGGUCCUCCAAUGAUGCCCAUGAUGGGUGGAAUGGGACCACCUCCACCUGGAAUGAUGGGUGGUCCAGGUAUGCGACCUCCAAUGGGUGGCCGAAUGCAGAUGAUGCCUGGACAUCACAUGAUGCGACCUCCCGGUCACCCAAUGAUGAUGCGGCCAAUGAUGGCACGGCCAGACCGAUAAACUCUCCCGACUCCCUCAAACACACCCAUGGGUUUGUUCCACAUGAUCAGUAAAUCUUAUUCUCACUUAUAAAAUCGGUUUGAUUAGGGAAAUCGAUUGUUGAAGAUUGUCUCAAAUAUAAAAUGUUUGUCUCUGACAAGUGCCACAGUUGCUCACAUGUAGCUAGUUCAUCGUAUAAUUAUUGGUAACUUUGCGUCAAACUUCUUCUACGUAGAUUUUAAGGUGAGGAGCAUUACUGAUCCUGUGGAACAAACCUUUUGGCAAAUCCCUCCACUCUACAACUGUUUCUUGGACUUUACUUUACAUAAUACUGUGUUGGUUGUCUUGCCUUUGCUGUACCUUCCAUUUUCCCUGGAUGGAUUUCAUUUUUUAUUAUUCUAUAGAUUUUAUAAUGUUCCCUCUGCUUAUUCCCAUUUCCCUGCUCAUUGUUAUUUUGGUGUCUUGGCAAGUGCCAAAGACAAAAUGGGAAGUUAUGAAAAUGUUGUUGAAUGUGUUUUAUCAUUCACCUAGAGGUGUAUUAUAAGGUCUCCCGUUUUAUUUUGUUGGCAGUACCAGUCAGAUGAGUCGGCAGCAGUUUCUUUUUUACAAUUUUAUGAGCCGUUACUAUUGGCUUUGAAUUUGUUGUAUUACGGUCUAUUAAACGAAAAGCUAAGUUCUC